AUAAACUAGUCUAAACAAAAGUAAAACACAAUUAAGCAAGAUGAAAUUAUCUUUCGCAUACUUCUUGGUACUUGGUCUUUUGACAACAAAUUCCGCCAGCAGACAGUCGCGUAUUAUCGGAGGUCGGGAAGCUAACGCUGGACAAUUUCCUUACAUUGCUGCUAUUCAUGUCACCACAGACACCAGCAAGUUCUUCUGUGGUGGUGCCCUACAUGGAAACGAGUGGAUAAUUACAGCCGCUCAGUGUGUGGAUCAAGCAAUUUCGUUUACUAUCCAACUGGCUUCAAUUAAUUUGAAUGGAGACGACGAAAACAAAUUGAUAUUGUCAUCAUCGACGUACGUUAUUCAUCCUGAUUACAACCCUAAUACACUGGAUAGUGACAUUGGACUUAUUAAACUCAGAUUACCCAUUGAAUUUACGGAUUAUAUCAUACCUAUCUACAAUGUGCCUGUGGCUAACACACCACCAAAUUGGACCGUUCUAUCAAUUGGAUGGGGACAAAUCGCUGAUAAUGAUCCGGAAUUGGUUGAAAAUUUGCGCUGGGUUGGUUUAACUAGUAUAACGAAUGACGAGUGUAAAAUAACGUAUGGUAGCCAAAUUAGUGACAAUAUGCUAUGUGCUGCAGGCAAUUAUAACGAAGGCACUUGUGUGGGAGACACUGGUAGUCCUCUGGUCUAUUUAUUAAAAUUCGGUCAUGCCCAGUUGGUAGGUGUGGCAAGUUUUGUCAGUGGCAAUGGGUGCGAAACCGUCGACCCUUCUGGAUAUACCAGAGUUUUCCCAUUUUCUGACUGGAUUACCAACAUUACAGGUGUACCGCCUAAAUAAACUCUAGCUUUACAAAAUACA